AGUAGGAGAAAUGAGGCGAGUCCCUGUGAGACUCUCAUCCUCUGCUCAAGCGCCUCUUCUCCCUCCUUAUCCUCUUAUUUAUGUUAUCACAAUAACAAAUAACCAUUUCACUCCCUUUCUCUUUCUCUUUAUCAUCUUCUUGUGUUCGAAGUUUGAAUACUGAAAAGUGUAUUCUAUCUCUAACCAAGUCUAGUGUGGAGCCAACCAACAUGUCCUGGCUACUCCAUCACUUCAAGUGCCAACCUGACUCUUUCUCUAUUCAUUUCAGAGCUCAUCCUCUCCACCCCGCCAAAAAUAAAGAUCCUAUCUGUUUCCAAACACAAUGUAUUUUAUCCACAAUAUCACCAUCGGCAUCAACAGCGACAACAACCGCACUCAAUGAGAAGCUCAGAUUAUCUUCUUUAGAGCCUCAUUCAAAUUCCUUUGCUGCACAUCGUCAAUGGACAUAUAUAGGGGGAGGUGGUCCACCCACAGAGGCAAAUUUUGGAGCAGCUUUGGCUACAGAAACACUUAUUACCACUGAUGAGGCUGUAAUUGCUGCAGCAGCUGCUGAAGCAGUUGCUCUUGCAAGAGCAGCUGCUAAGGUUGCUAAGGAUGCAGCCUUGAUGGUUAGCAAUUACAAUUCUGCAAGACCAAAUACUGAACCUGCAAGACCAUCACGAUCCAAUACUUCCCCUUCCAAGUAUGUGCAGCUGACAGAAAGAGAACGAGCUAGUAUAAUAGGGGAUUCAAUGGUGGAUAAAACUGGAUUAGAAAAGGAAUAUUCCAUACAACCAUUAAGGGAAUGGGAUGAUAUGGAUCCAUCAGAUGAGGAGCUUAAGCUUCUGGAAGAACAGCUUUCUCAGAGUAUAGCUGUGAGAUCAGUGCACCAGACUGAAAGAAAAGCCAAAAGGACAAGGGCAGCUGAGAAGGCUGCUUCUAACAUAGUGUCUCUGAGAUCAGUUUCUUCUAGCCGGAAAAAGCGUUCUUCCUUACAAGAUGUAGACUACUCUGAUCCAUUGCGUUAUUUAAGAGCAACAACCAGCAGUACUAGGCUUCUCACUGCUAAUGAAGAAUCAGAGUUAUCUGAAGGAAUACAGGACUUGCUAAAACUGGAAAGGCUCCAUGAGGUGCUUAUAGAGCGAUGUGGUGGUAAGCCAACUUUUGUCCAGUGGGCUGCAGCAGCAGGAGUUGAUCAGAAAGAACUGAGGAGGCGCUUGAAUUAUGGUAUGCUUUGCAAAGACAAGAUGAUAAAAAGCAACAUACGCCUUGUUAUUUCAGUCGCAAAGAAUUAUCAGGGAGCUGGAAUGAGUCUCCAAGAUCUGGUUCAGGCAGGAUGUCGGGGCCUUGUGAGGGGUUCAGAGAAGUUUGAUGGUUCAAAGGGUUUUAAGUUCUCUACUUAUGCUCAUUGGUGGAUUAAACAGGCAAUUCGCAAGUCUCUUACGGACCAAUCGCGGACAAUUCGUUUACCAUUUCACAUGGUGGAGGCAACUUACAGAGUAAAGGAAGCUAGAAAACAGUUGUAUAGUGAAAAUGGAAGACAGCCUGAUAAUGAAGAAGUUGCAAAGGCAACAGGGCUCUCAAUGAAGAGGCUCAAUGCUGUAUUACACGCUCCUAAAGCUCCAAGAUCUCUGGAUCAGAAGAUUGGAAUCAACCAAAAUCUCAAGCCUUCGGAAGUAAUUGCAGACCCAGAAGCAGAAACUGCAGAAGAUCUGCUAAUCAGGAAAUUUAUGAAAGUUGACCUGGAGAAGGUGUUGGACUCUCUCAGUCCUAGGGAAAAGCAGGUUGUGAGAUCGAGGUUUGGGCUGGAUGAUGGAAGGAUAAAGACAUUGCAAGAAAUUGGGGAGUUGAUGGGUGUAAGCAGAGAGCGAGUUCGGCAAAUUGAGUCAUGUGCAUUCAGAAAGCUGAAGAACAAGAAGAGAACGAAACAUUUGCAGCAGUAUUUGAUUUCAUAUAGUUCAUAAGAUCCAGGAUUUAGUUACUGAAGAGAGUUAUGUAAGGCGGGUUGAGCGUGAAGAAGAUUUGUCUUCCAAUCCAUAGUUCCAUUUCUUGUUUUUGUUCUUCAUCUGGCAACAGAAAUAUAGCUUUACUCCAUACAUUAGAGAAUGGAUGUAAAUAUAAAACAGAAAAUUCUUCUCAUUUCUUAAAUGGUUCAAAGCCAAACUACUUGAAAACACAA